AUGGCAGCGAGCGCUCCGUGUCGUCCGACCUCCUCCUCCCCCUCCACAUCCCCGGUAGGUCUCCCGGUGGUGCCGUACGAGGAGUACGAGUGUAAAAUCUGCUACAACUACUUCGACCUGGACCGGCGCGCGCCCAAGAUUCUGGAGUGUUUGCACACGUUCUGUCAGGAGUGCCUGCACGCGCUGCACCUGCGCGAGGAGAGACCCUGGCGCGUCUCGUGCCCGGUGUGUCGACACCGCACUCCCGUGCCGGACUACCAGAUCCGGAAUUUGCCCAACAACACGAAGGUUACGGAAGAUUUCCCGUUUUACAUCGACUCAGACCCACUGCCGCAAGAUGCUCUGCCCACAAGCCCUCCACCGCUGCACCCGGCGCUCAUCGCCCUCAGGCGCGACGACGCGUCAGGUGCGUCUGCCACCGCCACCACAGCCAGCCAGGCUAGCCAGGCAACGGUCACACCGUCCAGCACCAUCUCGGCGUCUGCCACCACCCUCUCGCGGGAGUCUGUCUCCUCGGCUAGCCGUUGCUAUGGCGACGAGGACUGCUGUAGUGACUGUAAGCGCCUCGCGCUGACCACCGGCUGCGUGUGCGUCAUCUUCUCAUUCCUGUCCAUGCUCGCGCUACUGUUCGUGGGCCUGAUCCUUGUGCACAGCCAGGGCGGGCCAGGGCCGCCGUCGCCUGCGGGACCCAUCUGCCUGUCUGUCGCGAGCAUCCUCGCCAUGGUGUCCGUGGUGGUGACGUGGCUGAUCUGCUGGUUAAAAUACAGACCAGAGCACGAGACUGGCCGCUCCUCUUCCAAUAGCCACUCCAGCCGGAGGAAUGCCUGA